AAAAAAUAUGAAAAAAAAAAAAAUUAGGCUUAAGCUAUCAAUGAGUUUUAAUCCAUCGGACAAUGGAGAUGGAAUAUUGAUAUAUUGUUCACAAAGUGAAGAAGGCUAUGGUGAUUUUGGUGCCCUGAUAAUAAAAGAUCGUCAUGUUGAAUUUCGUUUUGAUGUGGGAACAGGAAUGGCUGUUGUAAGAUCAAACUAUAUUAUUCAACCAGGUGUAUGGACAAGAUUAACACUCAAUCGUGAUUUUAAAGAUUGUAAACUAUCAGUUAAUGGUGAGCCACUUGUUGAAGGUCUAUCACCAGGUACUGCUAAAACAAUGACACUAAAUACACCACUCUACGUUGGUGGUGUCAAUAAAACAAAAAUAACAAUCAAUAAAAAUGUUGAUGUUUCAAGACACUUUCAUGGAUGUAUCAAUGAGCUUGAAAUAACAUCAUUAAAUUUAAAUCUACUUAAAUCAACAAUUGAUUCAACAAACAUUGAAGACUGUGAAAUAUCAACAAUUAAAAAAACAGCUACAAAUUCAACAAUUAAUUUAAAUAAUACAACAAAUAAAUUUACAACAACCUUGCCAUAUAAUCCAUGUGAUUCAAGUCCUUGUCGUCAUGGUAUUUGUCAAUUAUCUAAAAAUUUUUAUGGAUAUUCUUGUACAUGUGAAUAUGGAUAUGUUGGAUUAAAUUGUGAAAAUGUACUUAAACAAUGUGAAUUAUUAAUACCAUGUAAAAAUAAUGGUAAAUGUAAUGAUCUUCAUGGUUCAUAUAAAUGCAAUUGUCCACUUGGUUUUAAUGGAAAAGAUUGUGAAAAACAUAUUAAAAUUGCUUAUGAUGUUAAAUUUCAUGGUGAUGGAUGGUUAGAAGUACAAAGAUCACUGAUGAAACAUGAAGAUGACAGUGAAAUAAUUGGUUUCGAAAUAUCAACAAAUCAAAGUGAUGGUUUGAUAAUGUGGCAUGGACAAACACCAAAUGAUUUAAAUUCAAAUGACUACAUUUCUCUUGGUGUUGUUAAUGGCUAUGUUGAGUACCAGUAUGACCUGGGAUCUGGUCCAGCAAUUUUACGUGUUACAACAAGACGAGUAGAUGAUGGUGAACGUCAUCGUGUUAUUUUAAAACGUCAAGGAAGUGAAGGAAGUAUUGAAUUAAAUGGAGAAUACUUGGAGAGUGGUGUUAGUGAUGGUUUACAACAAAUAUUAAAUACACAAGGAAAUGUUUUUCUUGGUGGUGUACCAGAUUAUGCAAUGACACAUGGAAAAUAUCAUAAUGGAUUUUCUGGAUGUAUUUAUACACUUGAAGUUCAAGAUUCAGGUGCUAUUAAUAUUGGUGAUAAUUCAUUGAGAGGACAAAAUGUUUACUCAUGCACCAGAGUCAAAUGGCAUCCAUCAUCUCUGGUAUUUACUGAUCCAGAUAAUGAUAUUUUUGAUGCAUUUAUACCACCACCACCUGUUAAUAUAAUCCAUCCAAAACCAACCGUCAAUUUAUCAUCACAAAAUUUUAGUUUUCUUUAUGUUAUAACAAUUGUUGAUACUUUUAUAAAUGCAAUUUUAAAUUGCUCAAUAAUAAAUGAUAAUUUACGAUAUUUUAUUCGAUUAAUUGAAACAUUAAUAUUUGGAAAUUUUGUUAAAUCAUGUAUUGUUAAUUUUUUAAAUAUUUAAUUAAUUAUAAAAAAAAUUAUAAUAUUGUAAAAAAGAUAAACAAAUAUUUUGAUGAAUGACCAAAAAAAAUUUGGAAUAUUUUUUUUCUUAUUUGACGUAAUUGUUUAUAGAAAACGUCGAUGAUUUUGAUGUUCCAAAAAGAUAAAUAUGUUAAAAGUUAUUUUGUAUAUAGUAAAAAGGUUAUAGUUUAAUUUGUUUAUUGAUAAUAAUGUUUUUACAGUGAUCAAAUGUAUUAUUCAUCAAAUGAUCUUCCAAUUCGAGGUGAUCUCGAUGGUGUCAAAAGCUGGCGCUAAUAAAUUUGCUUAUAAAUAAUAGCUGUGCUUGAAAAAAUUAACUAAAAUAUCAUUCAUUAAACUUGGAUAUUGUGAAAAAUAUAAAUGCAUGAUAAAAAAAUUAUAAAAUAUCUUGAUAAACAACUGAAGCUGUUCAUCAACUAUUUGUUAUUGAAUGAAAAAUAUUUAAAAAAAAAUAAUUGCUUUGAUAAAUUAUCCAAAUGAAAAAAUAUAAAAAUAUCUGAAUUAGUUAUUUAAAAAAACAAAAUCAUUAUCAUAUUGAGAGUAUCCAACUGUGCAUGAAAAUUAUUUAAAUAAUGUAUUUAUAUUUCUGCAUCAGUACGAUUAAUCAAAAAUAAAAUAGGUCAAUUAAAUAGCUACACUGGAUGUUUCGAUAUUGUUGAUAAGAAAUUAAUGAAAAAAAAAAAUGAUAAAAGCACCAGUGUUGACUUUACAACAUAAACAACUUGUUAUUAAUAUAAAAAUAAUAAUGUACUGAUUAACAACAUGAAAGUAAUGAAUUUUCUAAUUAUUAUAAACAAAAAAAAAAUCAGAAAACUAUGAAAGUGUAGCAUGUAUCUUGUUGAAAAUGAAAUGACAAUAAAUAUACUUUUGAUAAAAAAAAAAAUAAUAUACAUAAAAGAAAAAAACA